GUAUGUUCACGUGAUCAUGUCUCGUUCUGAAGACAACCGUCAGUUGGCGACUCCUCUUUAUCUUGGACUAGAUUACAGCACUCAGCAGCUCAAGGCCGUGCUUGUUGACGAUAAUCUGCAUGAGAUUUAUUCAACAUCUGUAAACUUUGAAAAAGACUUGCCGGAAUUUGGUACUACAGGUGGUUGUCAUAAGAAUGGUGAUGAAGUAACUGCUCCUACUCUCAUGUGGGUAAAGGCAACUGACUUGCUGCUUGAUCAAAUGAAAGCAGAUAGGAUAGAUUUUAGUAAAAUAGCAAGCAUUUCGGGGAGUGGCCAGCAACAUGGUAGCAUCUAUUGGAAAAACGGAUCAAGAGAAAUAUUGGCAAAUAAAUUAAAUCCUGGUCUGACACUUUAUGACCAACUGCAAGAUUCAUUUGUUAUCAACAAUUCUCCAAUUUGGAUGGACUCAAGUACAAUAACUGAAUGCAGGCAGCUAGAAGAUGCUUUGGGUGGCCCACAGGCUGUUGCAGAUCUAACAGGAUCAAGAGCAUAUGAGAGAUUUACAGGAAAUCAAAUUUGCAAGAUCUUUAAGACAGCACAAGAUGACUAUGAAAAGUGUGAGCGCAUUUCACUUGUGAGCAGUUUUGGAGCAUCUCUGUUUCUUGGAGAUUACGCUUCUAUUGAUUACAGUGAUGGAUCAGGAAUGAAUCUAAUGGACAUCAAGGCAAGAACAUGGGCUCAACAAGCUCUUGAUUGUUGUGCCAUUGGGUUAAGAGAGAAGCUUGGUGACUUGGUUCCAUCAUUUCAGCCUCUUCUUUUUCUUCUUAUCACUAAGGGUUAUGUGUCAUCAUAUUAUGUGAAACGGUUUGGCUUUCAACCCAAAUGUCAAAUUAUUGCAUUUACAGGAGACAACCCUGCGUCACUUGCUGGACUUCGUCUUCAGGGAGGUGAUGUCUCUGUGAGUUUGGGAACAAGUGACACAGUCUUUGUUUGGUUGGAAGAACCUCGUCCAGCUAUUGAAGGCCAUGUCUUUGCUAAUCCAGUGAAUCCAACAGACUAUAUGGCUCUUCUGUGCUUCAAGAACGGAUCAUUUGCAAGAGAAAAAGUGAGGGACAGUUGUUGUAAGGGCUCAUGGGAGACAUUCAAUGAAUCUCUUCGCUCCACUGCUCGUGGUAACAACGGAAAUAUUGGAAUAUACUUUUAUGACACGGAAAUAACACCUCAUGCCAUUGGCGUACAUCGUUUCAAUGCUGCAGGUGAAAAAGUGGAGUCAUUUGACUCAUCAGUUGAGGUUCGAGCUCUAAUUGAAGGUCAAUUUAUGGGCAAACGAGUUCAUGCUGAAAAUUUGGGUUACAAUAUUGGCCCUUCUUCACGAGUUUUGGCGACAGGAGGAGCUGCAGCGAACAAGGAGAUAUUGCAGGUUCUCAGUGACGUCUUCAACGCUCCUGUCUACACUCUGAAGACAGAAAAUUCUGCAAGUCUAGGAGCUGCGUAUCAAGCUAAACACGGUCUUCUACACGCUUCUAUGUCUUUCAAGGAUGUUGUGAAGAAUGCUGCUCCAUACAGUUUUGCUGUUGCUCCAAAUGAAGAUGCUGACAAGGUUUACACAUCACUGACUCACAGCUACAAACAACUAGAAGAGCAAGUAGCAAACAGCCAAUGACUAUAGAAUGUUGCUUUACAACACUGCUAGUAUCACACAUACCAUCAAAUUUUAUGACAUUUCAGUUGCUCAAACAGUUCAUUAGUUAGUGUUGUCCAUUAGUUGCCAUCAACCUAACGGUGAGUCGUUGUUUCAUGUUUUGUAUUUCAAGCUCCAACAUGCGAGCACUUUCCUUUAGAG